AUGCCGUGGACAGCGGUGCUGCAAAACUACCCCGAUGCUGCCAGCGCCGUGGUGGCUUUGCCCACGUAUCCCCUAUUCUGUGCGGCGAUGCGCUUGCCUCUGCGCUUGCUGCAUAUUGGGGCGCACCAGAAGAUGCUUGGCACGUUGGCUGGCGCCUCUGUUGUGGUUGUUGGCACGGGCCUCACAGCCCUAACGGCCUGCCUCACCAAGUACUCACUCCUCGCCGCCCUCGGAGACGGUCCACCCUCCAUGCGGCCUGCAGCUGACGUCAUUUUAGAGGAUGCUCAAGGUUUGGCCAAAAUACUUUUAAUCGCGCAAGUGUUCUUGGGCACCCAUCCUCGCCGCUUGUGCCCAAGCCACCUGCACCACCCUGGUGCUUUUGCCCAGGGCUCGCUACCCGCGGGUAUCCGGUACAAAACAGCCUCCGAAGCCCGUCUGCUCGACCGCCUAGGACAUAGACAUGGCUGUCAUACCUGUGGCACUCGAUUUCAGAAGAGCUUUGUGGGUGAUCACCAGCCCCCGCGCUCCUUCAACCUGCCCGACAUGCGCUUUUUCCCACAGUGUAGGCCCUGCAGCAAUAGCCAAGGUGGUCUCACCAGCGGCAAGGUCAUCGGCGUGCGUUUGAUGCGCUCACACCAUUGGUCGCGGGGCUUUGAUUGGCACUACUGGGGCCCAUCGGCGAUCGGUCUCCUGGCUGCCCCCCUCUUCUAUAACAGCGAUGCCGUUGCGCCAACAGCCACGACUGUUCCAUAUUUACUCGAUCCCGAGCACUACGCAAAGCUGACUGCCCUGGGAACCGAAACAGCACGCUCCUUCGGCAUUGAUCCACUAGAAGCGAAGGAAAGGGUUCAAGAUCGAGCUGCAGAGCAACUCUCAGAGUUGGAAGAGCAGGCUCGUGCUUGGCGGGAUCAGCUGAUUGACAAAGGGCGCUGGCCCGCCAAGACUACGGGCCAAACGCUUCGGGCGCUCCUGAAAUGCUACUUGCAAAAGGUCACCCUCUUUGCGAUAAUGACUUUCUACCGCUUCCUGCCUGAGGCAGGUGAUCGCUCAGCGUUGGAUAAUCUGGAACUCGAGUUUAAGGCCAAAAGUCUCGAAAUUGCUGCACUAUGGAAGGAGCUGUAG